AUGCGGGAGACCAAGACGUGUCACGUUGUGUGGAUCACAGCCACCAUGCCAUAUGUGGUCCUCUUUGCCCUGCUUCUGCGAGGAAUCACACUCCCUGGGGCCAUCGAUGGCAUCAGAGCGUACCUGAGUGUAGACUUCCAUCGGCUCUGCGAGUCUUCUGUGUGGAUAGAUGCUGCCACCCAGGUAUGCUUCUCGCUGGGCGUUGGGUUCGGGGUGCUAAUUGCCUUCUCCAGCUACAAUAAAUUUACCAACAACUGCUACAGAGAUGCGGUCAUCACCACCUCCGUCAAUUCCCUGACGAGCUUCUCCUCCGGCUUUGUGGUCUUCUCCUUCCUGGGGUACGUGGCCCAGAAGCACAGCGUGCCCAUCGGGGACGUGGCCAAGGACGGGCCCGGGCUGAUCUUCAUCAUCUACCCCGAGGCGCUGGCCACGCUCCCACUGUCCUCGGCCUGGGCCGUGAUCUUCUUCAUCAUGCUGCUCACCCUGGGGAUCGACAGCGCCAUGGGCGGGAUGGAGUCGGUGAUCACCGGGCUCGUUGACGAGUUUCAGCUGCUGCACCAGCACCGGGAGCUCUUCACCCUCUUCGUCGUCCUGGCCACCUUCCUCCUCUCACUCUUCUGUGUCACCAACGGCGGCAUUUACGUCUUCACGCUGCUGGACCACUUUGCGGCCGGCACGUCCAUCCUCUUCGGAGUGCUUGUCGAGGCCAUCGGGGUGGCCUGGUUCUACGGCGUGAGGCAGUUCAGCGAGGACAUCAAGCAGAUGACCGGGCAGCGGCCCAGCCUCUACUGGAGGCUGUGCUGGAAGUUUGUCAGCCCCUGCUUCCUCCUGUUUGUGGUUGUGGUGAGUAUCGUGACCUUCAGGCCCCCGCACUACGGAGCCUACAUCUUCCCCGAGUGGGCCAACGCGCUGGGCUGGGCCAUCGCCACGUCCUCCAUGUCCAUGGUGCCCAUCUACGCAGCCUACAAGUUCUGCAGCCUGCCCGGCUCCCUGCGGGAGAAACUGGCCCACGCCAUCACGCCAGAGCAGGAGCGCGAGCUGGUGGACAGUGGGGAGGUGCGCCAGUUCAGGCUUCGCCACUGGCUGCUGGUGUAGAGGCAGCAGGAGGCCUGGCACGGCCGCCCCGCAGUGGAGACGCCGCUGAGGAGGAGCCCCAGCUUCGAGAGGAAGGCGGGGGCGCCCACUGUGCCAACUCCUGCCUUCCCAGAACCACACGGGGGCUCUGCCUCAGGGCCCCUCACGCCCUUCCUUUGCCACGGGGAGAGGACUGGCCGUCCGUGCUGUGUCUGUGAUCGCUUAAUGUAGAUCCGUGCCCGUUCCUGCAGGUAGAAAACAUCCGUCCAUGUUCUGUUUGUGCCAGGCCAGCUCCCUUCCGCCCCCGCCCCCCGCCGGCCGCCCCGGAGCGCGGGUCUUGCUGUCUGUCAUCCGUGGGUUGAGGAGAAAAGCGGUAAUUGUGGAUGCUGAGAGCCCAGUGCUCAUGACUUCCUGGGUAUUUUAUUUUGCUCAAACUAAAAGAGCCAAAUAUCAUAUGUUGCCUAAUCGUGCAGAAGGUGCACUGGGGAAACCACAAAAGGCAAUAAAGUGGGGGCCACCACGUGUCCCCACACCAUGCACCCCGUGUGCUCGGAGCCCGCCCAGGGUCCUGGUGUGCGUGAUGGAGAUGCUCUGUAUUUCCUCCUCGCUGACAGAACAGAAACACGACUCCGGGGAUCCACGUGGCUGCCACCCCUCCUGCCCACGGUGGGCCCCGCUCAGUCAUGGCCACCUCACUGCGGACCCCCGGCCACGGGAGGAAGGGACGCGUGCCCCCACCCUGCUGGGCCCUGACCGCGCAGAGCCCCCGCAGCAGGCAGCCGGGAGACCUAGGACCUGGGGAGGCAGCGCCCGCCGGGGUUCCAGUUCUCCCGGGCACACGUCACAGCCACAGCCACACGGCUGGCGUGAGGGAAUGGCUUUUAAAUCUGUUUAGCUGUGCAUCAGAACUCCUUCUCAGAAUGCAGGGUCGGCUUCUGAAGGUCUGUCUGCUGAUGUUCUGGGCGCCGUUCCUGAGGUUAGCGGCAGCACCAAGCGAGGACCGCGGCCACACUGCGCCCGCAC